GCAAUUUGUGCGUUUUGAAAUGAACUUUUCGCACCUUUAUCAGUAGUUGCAAUGUGGGGAAAUAGAAAAGUGCAUGACUUUGUUUCACCAGAACAUAGAAACAAAAACACGUUGUUGUGAUAAGAGGAGCCUUUUGCACUAUAUAACCGUGGUCUAGAUGUAGGAACAUCAUUCAGUCUUCAGCUUCUCGUUGAACACAAACAUCAAACAUGUCUACCUUCGCUGUUCUGUUGCUCUGCAUCCAAGCUUGCUUGAUCCAGAAUGUGUUCGGUAUCGGGUGUGGCUGCGGGGGUGCAGCUCCCGUCGCUCUCUCCGGCGCCGCUCCCUGCGGCUACGGCGUAGGCUCCGGCCUUGGCUACGGUAGUGGUCUGGCUGGCACCUACGGAUUGGCUUCUGGUUUGGGUUAUGACGGACUCGCCUACACUGGCGCUGCCGGUUACGGCUCUGGAGUCGCCGCGUACGGCGGCGCCGGUGAAGGCAACGUGGCGGUCGCUGGUGAGCUGCCAGUCGCCGGUAACACCGCUCUGUACGGACAGGUGCCCAUCAUGGGCGCUGUCAGUUUUGGUGGAUCUGUCCCGGCUGCUGGUGCCGUGUCUAUCUCCGGACAGUGCGCGUGCGGAUGCGGUACUCCAGUCGCUGCUCCUGUGUACUGCUGAAAUUGCAUACAUAUUUGCGUGAAAAUAAAACUAUCAUGAAUUUUGCAAAGUA